CCUGGGCUGGCCCGGGCGGCCCCGGCCGCGCUGCUGCCCCUCCCGAUCGCUCGGGUUCCGCGCACACCCCGCGGGGCUGCCGCUGCCGAUCAGCUGGGAUGCUCCGAUCUCCAUGCCCAGACGAGGACUCUGCCGCCAAAGUCACUGUCUCCAGCUAGAUGCACCCAAACUGAGCAGCUACCAUGGAAACAGGCUGCCCGGAGGAGCCUGCCCAGGCCAGGUCACAGUCGGUGGCCUGUGGGCAGCCAGAGGGAUGGGACCAGCAGCAGGAGGAGGCUGGGGACCAGCGGCCUGAGCCGGGCGCUGCUUCUGUGGUAGCUGCAGAGCCACAGCAGCCUCAGCCACCCCCUGGCAAGCUGAAGAAAACAGCUUUCAAGCUGUUUGGGGGAAAGAGGAGCAUCUGUACUCUGCCCAGCUUCUUUGGAGGCAGAAGCAAAGGCCAGGGGAAAGCAGCCUCUAAAAAGGGCCUCAUCAAAUGCAAGACCCACGAUGGGCUCAGCGAUGCCACGUACGAGAAAGGCGAUGGGGUGCAGCUGGAAAGCCCCUCAGAGAGCAGCAGGGACUCACGGCCUUGCCUGCUGCCAAGCUCCCAAAGUGCUCACUCGGCUGUAGACACCGGCACCAGGUUUGACUUGGGCCAGGGAGAUAGCUCUCCACCAGGGAGCAUUGAGGGCUGUGAGAAAAAAUCCAAUGGAGAGAAGUCCUCCUUUCCCAGACCUAAAAAAGGGCUGAAAGGUUUUUUUAACAGUAUCCGGCGUCACCGCAAGAGCAAAGUUGCUGAGUGUGAGAAAACAGAGCUCCCUGAGUGGACCGGAGACACAGAGGAGGCCACCAAAGCUCCUGGGGUGGGAGUGGAAAGCCAAGGGGCUGCAGAGGAAAGAGGACUGGGACAUGUCCCUCUUGCCACAGCUUGCCUGGGGAGCUCUGAGGAUGAUCACUCAGUAGGGACAGUGGCCAACAGUGGGGAGGCUGCUGAGCCUGGUUGCCUUGUGGCUGAUGAAGGCAGUUCUGAGAGCUGUGGUGGUGAUGCUGUGGUGAUGGCAGGGAAGAGGGACUCUAUGGAUACAAAAUCAGAAGCUGAUGGUGUUGUCUGUGCAGAGUUUGAGCAUGGUGAUACGCUGCUGGAUUUCCAUCCAGACUUCAUGGACAAUGACCCUCCCUGCCUACACUCGGGAGAUCUUCUAAGCCUCAUCUUAGGAGAUGCCACAUCCCUGAAGAGCUUCGACUCCCUGACGGGGUGUGGAGAUGACAUCGCCGAGCCCGACAUCACUGAGAGCACCAUCUCUGUGGAGCGCAGCAGAGAGGCUGCCAAGCGUAGCUCCUGCCUGGUCACCUACCAGGGCGGUGGGGAGGAGAUGGCCAUACCCGAGGAGGCAGAGGAGUACCUUCACCAGAUGUGGGAUGGCAACGUGGCAGGGGAGAGAAGCUACGGAGCCCAGGUGUCCAGUAGCAGUUUGGAGACGCAUGCCUCGCACGAGGCAGAAGCCCAUCCCUACCUGGGCGAUGCGAUGGAUGGUGUUGACCUUCUGACACCACAGAGCGACCAGCAAGAGUCAGCCCCUAAUAGUGAUGAGGGGUAUUAUGACUCCACCACGCCAGGGCCAGAGGAUGAAGGUGGAGAUGGGCUUGGUGAGAUGAAGAAGGAGCGUUUGCCCAGAGACAGCUACAGCGGCGAUGCACUUUAUGAGUUUGACGCGCUGAUGAGCCCUCCUCACGGGGAGGAAUCCUUGUUUGAGAGCAAGAUCUCACGCCCGGGCAUCUUCAGCUACUUCUUGGACUUCUGCCUCCCUGCUGAGAAGAGCCUGAUCCAGAUGAUGGAUCAGAAGAGAGGCGUGAUGGAAACAGAAGAAGAGCGGCUGGCAGCCAUUCAGAAGGAGCUGCUCUUCUGGGAGCUGCAGAGGGAACCCAUCUUGAAGCGUAUCGACGUUCCCAGCAAGGAGAAGUGUCCCCGGGAAAAGCAGUGUGUGGAAUGUAAAACCCGAGCAGCCAGCUCACUUGGCAAGAGUCAGAGUGGCCUUGGUGGUGAGCAGGUGGCCUCCCAUGCCCCGAACAGGGGUGUGAGUGGUGGGGUUUCGGUGGCUAGAGCUGAAAGUGUGGAGUGGAGGGAUUUUGCAGGGCCCUUGUGCCCAGAGAGCUCCUACAGCAGCCCAAAGGCCCCAGGAAGUUGCCUUAAUCAGCUCACAAAGAGCAGCUCGGGGUUCGAUCCGGACCCAGACUGUGGCUUGUUUGGCAUGGCCCCAGCCAAAGCAGGGAUGUUCCCCGGCUACAGACUGCCAGAAGAUGAGCAUGGUGGAGUGGAGACCACCAGCAGCCAGCCCCAGGUGGACAAUGAAUGUGAGCCCGAGCAUGCUGUGAACUUCUCCCAGGCGCUGGUGGAAUUCGCCAGCAGUGGGACCCUCUUCUCCAGCCUCUCCGAAAGCCUGGGGAGCUCUGCCUCUGGCUCUUCCUUCACCCAGAACCUCCCUGCCCUCCCCACUAUGGUCACCUUUGACGUGGUGGAUGUGGAGCAGGAGGGAGAAGGGGAGUGUGAGGAGCAUCCUGAGAUGAAUGCCGGUGAGGACAUCGCCGACGAGUUUGACGACGGCUACGGACAAAAGGAGUCGUUGGCUGAAUGUGACGAGAGAAUGUCCCCGGGGUACUCCCCGGGCUCCUUCCAGAGCUGCAACUGGGGUGUCACCAGCCUGCCCCGCCACCUGCGCCUCCACGGCCUGAGCCCCUCCAUGCCCGCACCGCUCUCCAUCGACCGCAGGAGCCGGUCGCUCGACACCGAGAGCCUGGAGUUUGAGCUUGGUGACACGCAGGGUGCCAAGGGUGGCACUCAGCCCUGCCGCCUCUGGGCCAAGCGGGAGGGUGGCAAAAAGGACUCAGGCGGGACGAGGAGGAGCAGGAGCAAGGAGGAGGGUGAGUUGGCGGCUCCUGAUGGCGGGUUGAGCUGGCCAGGCUUGCAGCACCUCCAGCAUGACGCUGCAAUGGCUGCUGGGGUUACGCAGCACUGGGACUUUGCUGCAGCUGUGGCGAUGGAAAGUGCCUGGCAGCCAGCCGAGCAGCCUGGCACUGCGUCUCCUCCUUUCCUGUCUCUUUCCCGGAGCAUCCCUGGAGAAACCCUGGACAUGCAGCCCCAGGAGGCAGAGCUGAACAGACACCCAGUCAGACCCUCCAACUUACCUCUGCAGGGCGAGGCCAGGAGGUCCUGGGAGGCAGCUGGCUCCUACAGGUACCACGGAGAAGCCACCACCAAAAAGCUGCCUCACUUGUUACCCGUGGGAGAGACGGAGCCCGACCUGCCCCUGAGCUUCCCUUUUGCCUGCUCCCCGGAGAAACGCCCCAAGUGCAAACCUGUGGGCAUCGCCCAGGGCGUUCCUCAGCACCCCAGCGGCAGCACCGAUGCCCUCCGGAGCCCAGAGCGCUGCGGAGAGCCCCUGAAGGGCAGAGCCGCCUCCGGGCUGCCCGUGCUGCCUGCCACCAUCAACGUCCCCGAUGCAGAAUGAAUAGCUGCUGCGGGGAGGGUGUGGGAGGGAGAGAAGGAACCUUCAGCGAGCAGUUUGUGAGGGAGGUGAGUUCAGAGCUGGGCUGGUGAGGAUGAGCUCCAGUCCCACCGCCGUGGUACGUGGCCUUGCUGCCGUGGGUGGUCUGGCAGGGCUUGGAGCUGCUGCUGGGAUCUGUAGGUCACUUCCCAGGCGCUGUCUUGUUUUCCAGCCCAUCCCUCCAGCCCAUGCCCUCUGUGGCUAAGUGCCCUGGCAGCCCUUGCCACAUGCUCAACGUUGCUGCUAGAACAAGAGCUGGGAAUGGACCUGGUGCCAGCAUGGCAGGGUUGGGGCUUUGCUGCAGGAUGGGUGAGCGAGCCUUGGGGGGGAGUUUGGGGAGGAAUAGGGGGGUUAUUUUCUUCCUUUUCUUGGUGAAAUAUUUCUGUUCAGACUCAUGUUGAAUGUCUUCCAUCUCAGUCUGGGGCUGGGGAGGCUGAGAGGAAGGAUGCCAGUUGCUUGAGAGCAAGGACAAGAGGGGAGUCAGCUGAAAGGGGACCUUUCCAGUAACCUUUUUGUUUACGGCUUGGUGUUCCCUUUCCCCAGAGGAAAGCAGGAGCCUUUGUGGGUGUGCUGGUAACAUUUUCCAGGUCUACUUCUAAUUUGCUCAUGGAUAACUGUGCUCAGAGAGGUGUGCUCUCGGUGGUGUCCCUUCAUGGUACAAAAUACUGGUCCCUUCUUUGUUGUGGUCUCUCUUCAUGGGGUGUAAUUCCUGGUUGAAACCAUUCCCAAGCUUUGUCCCUUGCUCUUCACCUCUCCCAGGCCACAGGCACACGGAUGAGGUGUUGGAAAUGAGCAAGAUUUGCAUUGUGCCUGUAGCUGCAGAGUUGCAGAUGCUGUUACUUCCUUCAAAAGGAAGUUUUGUGGGUUGGGUUUGGUUCUGGAAUUAUUUUAGGGUUGUUUUCUUUGCAGAAACUCCUAAGAGGAGAGUGCUCUGUCCAGGGCAGUCGGGGCUGUGACGCAGCCUGGAUUAAGCUUCGUGGCUUCUUCCUCCUAGCUGGAGGGAGCAAAAAAGCUGGAGGUUGCUGCAGGUUUGGGAUUUCUGUUUUCCUCUUGAAGUGUGGAGGAGGGACACGAGCUGUGGAGACAGACUGUGUCUGAGAAGGUUCCAUAAGCUCCUGGAAAUGUCUAUGAGCUCCCUGUCCGUGACUUAAAAAGCUUUUUCCUUCUCUCCAGCCUCUGCAUUCUGACUUCAGUCCAGUUUCUCAUGAUGAUUUGUAUUUCACUCUCCAAGCUGCCCCUUUUCUUUGCAGCAGAGGUUGUAGCAUUAAACAGAAUAAUGCUGAGCUGGAAAUAUCUGAAUUUUCUCCCAUCUCCAGAGCAAAGUGUGGGGCUAGGGGUGGCUCUGUCCAUCCCCAUCCUGCUUUUCUUGCUAAUCUCUGCCCAUGAUGGCUAUGGAUGUGUCUCUGGUGCUCUGAUUGGAAACAUCAGCAGCUUCUUGGCAUUGUAGUUACAGGCACAAGGAGCUGGUCUUGAUUUUUUUUCUCUCUCCCAAGCAAAACGAGAUCCUGGCAGUUCUUUUAGAGAGAGGCUCCUGACUGCCCUGUCCUUGUGUCCCUGUGAAGGAGCAGAGAAGGGCAAAGCCAGGCUGGCUUGUCUGUGGAUUGACUUAAGUGUUUUUUUCCUUCUCUGAGCAGACUGCUGAGGCUGGAGCAGACCCAUUUAUGUACCCAUGGCUUCAUUUGUCAGCAUUUCCCUACCAGGUCUGCUGGAGGGAAUUCCUGCAGAAACCUGAUGUGCCAUGGUUUAUUUUCUCCUGUCCUUUUCUCCCAUCCUGCUGUACAACUGGAGAGAAUGUCAUGGGACAAACCUGACUCUUGAUGCUAGCCCAACAUCCUCCAGCAAAAGGGCCCUGAGGCUGUGAUCAUGGUCUCCCCUCAUUAGCUCAGUGUGUGAGUGUCUGCUAAGGAGUAUUGCCCAUUUGGAACAGAAUCCCAGCAUGGUGAGCACUGGAAGGGACCCCUGGAGAUCAUCCAGGCCAGCCUCGCUGCUACAGCAGAGACACCCACAGCAGCUUGCCCAGGAUCACAAUGGUCACCUGGGUUUGGAAUCUCUCCAGAGGAGACUCCACAAUCUCUCUGUUGUGUUGGCUCCUCCAGGGCUCAGGCACCCUCACAGCAAAGCAGUUUCUUCUCCUGUUCAAGUGGAGGCUCCUGGGUUCCAGUCUCUGCCCACUGCCUCUUGUCCUGUCACUGGGCACCACUGAGAAGAGCCUGGCCCCAUCCUCUUGCCCCCCCACCCUUUAGCUCUUGCUGAGCACUGAGCAGAUCUCCUCUGAGGCUGCUCUUCUCCAGGCUCAACAGCCCCAGGGCUCUCAGCCUUUGCCUCUCACAGAGGUGCUCCAGGCCCCUCAACGUCUCUGUAGCCUCCACUGGACUCUGCCUGGUAGUUCCCUCUUUGUCUUCAGCUGGGGAGCCCAGAACUGGACCCAGUCCUCUAUUUGUGGCCUGACUAGGGCAGAGCAGAGGGGCAGGAGAGCUUCCCUGGACCUGCUGGCUACACUCUUCAUACCCCUUCUUUAGUCUGGGAGUGAGGAUCAGGUUCCAGCACCUCACUCCUCACCACCACUCACAGCACAAAACCCACAACGAGCACUGCUGGCGACGCUGGAAAGGUCACACAGCUGAGCGCUCACACCGGUCGCUUGCCCUGAGCAGCAGCCCCUUACUGGUUCUUUUAUUAAUUACUCUUUCCUUUAGCAUCUCACCAAAGGCAUUGAGGGGGUUUGGGUGGAUGUAGUGCAGCCUUUGCCAAAGUCUUGGUGAGGUGUGGAGGCAUUUUGGUGCUACAGUGAAUGUCCAGUCGCAUGUCUCUGGGAUGAAUCCUUUUGGUCGUAGGUACGAAACGGAGAGGUUUGGUGAAACCAGCUCCUAGACUCGAAUGUGUGGAAGCAAUACAGGCAGGGCUUGAUAACCUGACUUUGUACCAAAGGUUUCUCCUCUCCAUUUGAUGAAGCAAGUAUCUUAGUGAUGGAAAAUGAGCUUCCUCAAGGCGUUUUUUGGAGCUCAUUUGCUGGUUUCUUGGCAUGUUCUGCCCCAUUAACCCAAUGAAAUCAGAAUUUUCCAUGUGCUAAACCCAGCCUGGGAAGUAUCACUGCUGUAAAGAUUGGAUUUCACUGCCUAAUGUCCCAGAACACCCAGGGUAAAUAGGAGCAGAUCUGGCCUUGACCCGGAUCAAGCUGUUGGUCAAACACUGCCUUACCUAAGGAACUCAGAUUUCACAGGAUCCCAGCAUGGUGGGGUUGGAAGGGACCUCUGGGGAUCACCUGGUCCAACCCCCUUGCCAAAGCAGGGUCACCUAGAACAGGCUGCACAGGAAUGUGUCUGGGUUGGUUUGGAAUGACUCCAGAAGAGAUUCCACCAUCUCUCUGGGCAGCCUGGUCAGUGAUUUGAGGAUGGUGAUUGACGCUUAGCAUGAAAAAGGGCUUUGGAACCAAAAACUGAGUGCUGAAAGUCAGCAAUGGCAGAUUGUCUUGCUGAGAGAUUAAGGGAAGACUUCCCCUCGAGGGACACCCCUGGGUAUGUCCCUUCUGGGGAAGGUUUUGCCUCCUGGUGAUGACUUCUGGCUGUUAACUUGGGAUGAAACCACUGCCAUUUGGGUCAGCCUACCAAGUGGUUCUUGUAUUGCGUUGCGGGGACUUCCUGGGGGUUUGUUUUUUAUACACAUCAGAAGAAGGGUCGAUUUUUCUCUAUUUUUGUAUCAGUUUGCAUUUUAUAUUCACGGGGAAACUUUACAGACUGCUUCUCUGACUCCUUUGUGCUCCUUCGUCUCCUGGCGCGGUGGGGUUCGUGGCUCCGAUGGAGAGCAGGCAGUUGCUGCUGCUGCUGCUGCUGCCGCCGGUGCAAUGCAAGGGAACCACGCUCCUCGCCUCCUCUAUAACCUGCUGCUCCACUACAAACCCAGCACUGCCCCCAAAACCAGCCCCUUACCAGUGCAACCAGCCCCUUACCAGUAUGACCAGCCCCUUACCACUACAACCAGUCCCUCACCAAUCCACACCCUCUCUCUUUGCACACACGGCUGAGCUGUCGCUGUGUUAAUCUCUCUGUGUGUCACCCUCCUUGGUUUUGUUGUUUCUGGUUUUGUUUAAGCUUUGGAGCUGAAUUUGUGGAUGUUGGUGAUGUUCUCCCUCAAGUCUUGUUGACUGUUUUUAAGUAGAAACCUACAGAUUUGAGUUGAGUUUUUUCCCUCUGUGUGGCUUAAAUUAUUUCAUCCCCAAAUAGGGGCUUUUCUUAAAUCCCUGAAGAUGCCCUUGGUCAGUGUGUGGUGAUGCUCUUCAACCCAGUGAUAAAUUUCCUCUCCCCUUGGUGUUCCCCAGCUGGGUUGGGAGCUCAGUUUUUGCCCUGCUCUGUGCUUGAGGAUGGCUCUUUAAAUAAUCCCAGGAUCCAUGUGGGAUUAGCAGGGCUUUCCACCUUCUACGUCUCUGCUGUUCCAGGCUGAAGCCUGGGGAGGUCCAGCAUCAGUAAAACAUCUUCCUGAGUAACACCACCUUGAGUUUUAGGAUCAGAAGAGUGAGGAGAGCUUCUGGUAAGCCAAAACCUGACGUGGGUUGAUGUGACAACACUUGGCCUUGUCUUUUUCCUUUGAGUUGGAUGAACAUGUUGGUUUGUUUGCCUGCCUCUGCAGGAGUUGUGCCCCCCGUUGAGUUUGCCACCCUGUGUGGGGUCUAAGGGCUGAAACAACUCCUCAGCAGAAGCCCCCAGUGAUUAACUCAGAGCAGUGAGGUGUGAAAAGGAAAGGAAAUGCUGAAAACAUAAAAGCCUACAGCCAAAAGCAUUGGUUUGAACCCACAGCACAUUGGGUUUAACCCUUCUUUCCCCUGCUCCCCAGUGCCAGCAGAGGUGGGGAGUGAGAGCUGCUGAGGCUUUGGGAUCUGCAUAGCUUUUUAUGGCUUUUAACAAACGAAGUCUUCACCCAAUGGUGCUUUUGAAAUUGUUUCCUGACAAGUCUGUGCCCCAAUUCACAGGACCCCACCAUGCCGGGGGUUGGAAAGGACCCCUGGAGAUCAUCCAGUCCCACAGCAGCUUGCCCAGGGUCACAGUGUCCGGCUGAGUUUGGAAAGCAAGACUGCACAGCCUCUCUGGGGUCAGGCACCCUCAAAGAAAAGAAUUUUCUCCUGUUCAGGUGGAACCUCCUGGGUUCCAGUCUGUGCCCAUUGCCUCUUGUCCUGUCGCUGGGCACCGCUGACAAGAGCCUGGCCCCAUCCUCUUGGCCCCCACCCUUUAGCUCUUGCUGAGCACUGAGCCAGAUCCCCUCUGGGGCUGCUCUUGUCCAGGCUCAGCAGCCUCAGGGCUUUCAGCCUUUUCUCCUCACAGAGAUGUUCCGGGCCCCUCUGCAUCUCAGCCUCUGCUGGACUCUCUCCAGUAGCUCCCUGUCUCUGUUCAAGUGGGGAGCCCAAAAGGACCCAGUACUCCAGCUGUAGCCUGACUAUGCAGAGCAAAGUGGGAGGAGAACCUCCCUCCCUGGGCAGGUCACUCAGCAAACAUUCCUAGGAUGCAUUUCCCAUUCCUUCUGCCCCUUAACUUCCCAGCUUCCCCCUCUCCAGCUGGAGUUCCCAGCUCUUCUCACCGGCAUCCUUGAGUCAUCCUUGAAGCUACACUUGGGUGAAGUGAUAAAUGCAAAGCUAGAAAAGCCUCUUGGUUCUAAAGAAACAAAAUCAUUGUCCCUUGUGCCAGGUCACCCUGAGCUCCCCUGCUGCCACCCCGCUGCUCUGUGGGUUCCCAGGGAGCAGAGGUGGCUCCUGGUGACCAUCUUGUCUAAAUGUGGUUGGGUUUUUUUUUCCUCCAUUUCCUUUCUGGUCUCCUUGCCCCUAGUCCUUGAAACUUUUUAAUGUGUUGAUUGUGUUCUGAAAUGAAUGUUCCUUUCACUGAAAACUGAUGAAUAAACUUUGGGUUUUUAGAGAA